UUUAAGGAGGCGGGUCUGUGCUAAAGGCCGCGCAACAGGGACCCAGCUGAGGAACGAUCCCUAAGGGCUCCACCCGGCGUUCCGCGCGCGACCCUACGGACGGCCGUUCACGGGCACGGCUGGAGGGCGCGCGCCUGCGUGUGAGCGCUCACCCGCCCGACUCCCUCCACCCGCGGCUCGCACCCUCUCGCGGGAUGGGAGGGGGAGAGGAGCCGCUGCCUUGGCAGCCGCCGGGACGCGGAGAGUCUCUCGCUUCAACUUGGCUUGGAGGGUGGCGCCGCCAUGCUGGGGGCCGAGAUCCCCUUCCCCCGCCCCAGGAGAGAAGCUUGGCCAGAGCUUGUGGAGGAGCCUUCGCCGCCGGGGAGCGGGGUGGAAGAUUCGGCUGGGCAGGGGGUUGCCGCCACCGCCACCUCCUCUUCGUCCCCCUCCUCCUCGAUGGCGCAGCGGUGGGAGGAAGAGGAGAGGCGGGGGGCGGCCCCCCUGGCCAGAGACCCCCCGCGCGGCGGGGAGGCGGCCGGGGGCGAGGAGGAGCCGCUCCUCAGGGGCAUUUUCCAGAUCGGGAAGAGGAGCUGCGACGUGGUGCUCAGCGCCAGGCAGCUCCGGUGGAGCCCCAUCCAGCCCGAGAGCCGCGGGGGUGAUUCCAAUAUGAACUUACCAUGUAAAGAGGAGUUUGUUGAAAUGAAAGAUAUAUUUUCCAUAAAAUUGAAACGUCGUCGUUUUGUAGGACAGAAGAAAGGUGGUGUAUUGUUAGGUAUCACAGUUUUUGUAUGCCUGAAAAAAGAAAAUAAAUUGAAGGACACUGCCAUCAAUUUUAAUAAUUUAAGUGAAGACCACUGUCAUUCCUGGUUUAGAUGUUUGAAGGAAAUUUUGAAUGGCUUUCCAAAUAGACCAAAGUUCCUAAAAGUAUUUGUUAACCCAAACAGUCAUAAAAGAGAAGCUACUCAUGUUUAUUAUGAACAAGUUGCACCUCUCUUUAAGCUUGCUGACAUCAAAACUGACGUCACAGUAACUGAAUAUGAAGGACAUGCUCUCUCAGUGCUUAAGGAAUGUGAACUCCACACAUUUGAUGGGGUGGUUUGUGUUGGUGGCGAUGGGUCUACCAGUGAGAUAGCUCAUGGUCUACUACUUAGAGCUCAGAUGGAUGCUGGAAGAGAUACAGAUUACAUUCUUUCACCUGUCAGAGCACCACUUCCUCUUGGCAUUAUACCAGCAGGUUCCACUAAUGUUUUGGCUCAUACUCUUCAUGGAAUCAACCAUGCAGUAACUGCAACAUUGCAUAUUAUAAUGGGACAUAUACAGCCAGUGGACAUCUGCACUUUCAGUAGUCCAAGCAAGCUUCUUCGUUUUGGAUUCUCAGCUAUGUUUGGUUUUGGUGCAAGAACUCUGGCUUUGGCAGAAAAGCAUCGCUGGAUGCCCUCCAACCAGCGGAGAGAUUUUGCUGUAAUUAAAACACUGGCAAGUCUAAAGCCAGAGGAAUGUGAGUUAUCAUUUCUACCUCUGAAAAAUUCACUGCAGGGCUCCCAGGAGAAAGUUACAAAGAAGAAAGAGAGAUUUAAAAAAUCUGACAGCAAGGUUCAGUGGCACACGAUUCAAGGUCACUUCCUGAAUGUGAGCAUUAUGGCAAUCCCCUGUCUAUGUUCAAUGGCACCAAGAGGCUUGGCACCUAAUACCAGGUUGAAUAAUGGUAGCAUGGCUCUUAUUGUUGUACGAAACACUUCUCGGUCAGAGUUUAUAAAACAUCUGAAAAGAUAUGCCAGUGUGAAAAAUCAGUUUAAUUUUCCCUUUGUUGAGACCUAUGCAGUUCAGGAAGUAAAAAUCCAACCAAGAACUAAAAUUGGGCAUGACACAGAAGAAAAUGUGUAUUUGCAUGCUACUUCUGCAGAAGUGAAUUAUCCUUGGAAUAUAGAUGGAGAUUUAAUGGAAGGAGCAUCAGAGGUUCACGUUCGGGUGCACCCGCAACUUAUUAAUCUUUAUGGAGUGAGCAUUGAUGAACUGGAUGAUUCCAAAGCAAUGUGCAGUUGUCUGUAGAAGAAAUUUAUGAAGAAAUGUGUUUCAUGGUGCAGGCUCUGCAUAAAAGACUCAUAUUUUCAUCUUAAAACAGCUAUUUAAGGCCCAUUCCUUCAUCCACUGAAGUCAAUGGAUGAAGGACCGAGACUGAAAUUAGGAUGUUGAUAUUUUUUUUUAAUAUUGUUAGUUUUAUAUAAAGUAAAAUAAUUGUAAUUAUCAAACAAAAUGUUCAUAGUUUUAACCUUAAAAACCCUGAAAAUUAAUAUAUUGACAAAUAUACUUAUUUGUAGGUAUUAUAUAUUUGGUUAAAAAGUGAUUACUUUUUUUUGCUGAAAUUCUAGUAAAGUUUUUUUAAACAGAAUAUUGCAGGGUUUGAGUUCAAUUUGGGGUUUGAUUUGGUUACCCUUCGUUGUAUCUAGUCAUAUUUUACUUCACUGGUAACCCAAAUUCAUAUCACUAGAACUAGUCCUGGAGUAAAGUACUACUUACUGUGACUUGGGGUGGCAUAAUUUGGCUUCUGUCAGGUCCUUCAAUAUCCAGAUAAUCUCUGACCUUAAAUGAGAUGAUGUAAAAAUUUGCUUGCUUUCAGCAUUGCCUAGCUAGGUCUUAAGCUACUUUUCCUUUUACAAAUAGUAUUCACUUAGAAUGUAACAUUUGUUCAAACUUACUUUGUUUUAAACUUUAAUCUUACAGAAAAUAUUUAAAGUUUACUUUAUCAGUAAAACUGGGUAGUAAUCAGCAUAAUGCAUUAAUUUUUGCUAGAAUAAGGCCCAAUGCUGAGUAAAAUUUCUAAUUUUAGAUUUUGAGUGAUACUUUCAUAGUGCACAUUUAGUAGAAAGUAGGUAUGUAAACAGAUUAAUUGUAUAAAUUACAUGGUAAAUGCAAUAAUUAUGCAUGAUACUGGUACAGAUUAGGAUUCCAGCCUUCAUGGGAAUUGAAAUUGUCAUGGCACCAUGGCUAUCUCCUGCAUUGUGAUUGGUGGAAACUAACAUGACAGAUUUGUCAGCCUCCUUGACCUGCAGGAGGAGGAGCUUAGAUGUGUGUGUGCCCUUAUUCAUUAGAUUAAAGAUAUGAGGCAUCCCAACUAGGGCUGAGGGAGGAACUCUGCAUUUCCCUGUGACUAAACCACAGAGGUUAUUGCCCAUUGGUCUUUAAGGCUUUAAGUCAUGCGGAUUUCACUACGUGCCUAAAUCUUUGCUGAACUAGGGCCCAAGUAUUUAAAUGGGAUUAGUGAGGACUAUAGGAACACACCAGAAGUUUGGUUCAUAAUUAUUAAUUAUAAUUAUUAAUAAUAAUAAUCUUUAUACCUCAACCUUAAAUCAAAAAAUUUAGUGUGGAUAUUUUCUUUCUUCCUCCACUCCCUUCACAAGUAGCACCAGCAAACGGUUAUUCAUCUUCAAAAAAAAACAAAAGAGCAGAUUACAUAGAACCAAAUUCUGUCUUCAUACUCACAUUAACAUCAGUGGAACUGCAGGCAAGGCACCUGUAGGCAGAAUUUGGCCUGUAGUAACCGGCCAAAUAAUCUGCAGUAUAGUGGAUUACAAAGUAAAUUUAGUGGACCAAAUUCUGCUCUCCAUUACAAUGGUGUAAAACAAAAGUCACUAGUUACUUGAAUGGCGCUACUCCAGAUUUGUGCCACUAUAACAAAGUAAUUUGAUGCUAUAUAAUUAAUCCAGAAGCAUUAAAGUACUGUGCUUGAGUAUUGAAAACUGAAUUUCUUCUUUGAUUCUUUAAAGAUAUUCCAUCUUCAUAAACCAUUAUAGAUUUAACUGUAUUUUAUUACCUCUGCAAAUUCUAUCAACAAAAUAAUUAGAUUUGCAAAAGAUAGUGUGCACAGUUGUUUUUAUUAUAAAAUUCAGUUGAACAAUCAUUUAUUAAUAAACAUGCUGCCAUCAGGAAAUCUUACAUUCACAUUUUUCAUUUACUUAUUUAGAUUAAACCUCAAUGUUUGUUUAUUAAAUUAAUUGAAUUUUGCCGAAUAUCUCAGAGAAAUACCUGAUCAAUGUUUACAUACUAAUAGCACUGUGCAAUUUCCAAGUAACACUUGUGUAUUUAGUUACUCACUAAAGCUAUUCCAAAAAAAUCCUUUUUAAUCUAAUUUCCUUGCAUUGUUUGUAUUAAAGCAAUUUUAAUGCUGCUUUCAGUAUUUGAGGUACAGUUCUCACAACACCCUAUAUUAGAAUACCUGUUCAAAUACUUUUUGAUUAAAGUGCAAUAAUUCAUUUGGCUCUAUACUCUUUAAAAGUCCUUUUUAGAAUAUACAUUUUGCAAAUAGUUUAGUUUUUAAGGAUGAAAUAUUUCACUCAUAGCACAUUGUUCUAAAAAUAAGAUCUUCUUUCUGUAUGUACACAUUUGUCUGUUCUUAAUAUAAUGCAGAAUAUUUUAGAACAGAAAGCCAAUGCCUUGAGAUGAGAUCAGUUUUUCAGAAGUCUGGAAGCACCCAUGACACCAACUGAAGUAAAUGAAAACUACAGGUGCUUGGCCCUCUGUGGAACAUCAGGCUCUGUUACCUUUUGAUUCUUUAGCUUAGGUCAAAAAGCCACUUUGGAAAAAUGUAUAUAACUCUAUUAGCAAAAUCAUUUGUUGCAGGCAAUGGUUGUUGCUAUUAACUCUGGAGCUUUAUUACCAAGUGAUGUUGCAUAAUCAGUUUGUGUGAUGUCCACAUUUAUUACAUUAAAAAAAAGAUGCCGGAACUAAGUUUUCUACUAGCAGUCCAGAACGACAGCAGAGAAAGGACAAAGAUGAGCCAUAGGAAAUAGUAUGUGUUGGCAUUACUAGGGGAGAGUAAGUUUAAGAUGAAUUUAGCACUUGGAUGAGAUGGUGCAUAGCCCAGAGAACGAAAUCCUUUCCCCCCCAAAACAGGUAUCAGUGUACUUAAAGUAGGUGGCAUUGCUAGUAUCUUUCUAAGAAUCUGAAAGGAUCUCCUGUAGGAGCAAUUCAGUCCUCAUAAAAAUUCAGUUUUUUCCUUUUUACUGCCACUCUUGAGUGCCAAUUGCAAUGGUGGCAUUAAGCUGAAGACAUAUCCACUAAGAACUGAACUUAGAUAUCCAAACUAUUUCAUUAUACAGGUUUCAGAGGAUAGCAACUUUUGGGCUGGGGUUGCACAUCUGAGGAUGGAAUUAACCCUAUGGAGUUAAGGUUUUUUAAAUUUUCCAUCAGAGCCUCUUUUGUCUGCUACUGGAAGUGUCCUUAAAUACUAUAAUGCUGAGCAUUAUUGAAACACUUGCAAAUAAUAAUUGUUCAGGAUAACACAUGAAUGUCUUUCGCUCCAAAACCUCAUGCUCUUGGUGUUUGAGGAGAAAGAGGGAGAAACAGAAUUAACUGUAUGCUCCUGGCCUUAUCAGCUAAUACUAUGUUAAGGAUGGUUGAUACGGAUAGCCUCAAAUGUUUGACUCUUCUCAAGGUAACCCUCAAUGUCAUGCAUCCUUGACAGAACAUUGAGUUUUCGGUGCUGAUCAGCACAAAAAAUCUUUCCAUGCACAUCAAUUAAUGGUAAGAUUUUAUGCUGCCCCUUUUAGAGGCUCAGCACAGAACUCCCAGCCCAGGGAAGGGAAAGCCAAUGUGGUUUUAAAGCCACCUUUGCAUCCUCCCAGUCCUGGACUCUCCUGAAACUGGAGAAGCCCCUGGCAUAAUUUAGACAGCCCUGGAGGUCUGUCUAAAUUACAGCAGCCUCCCAGGGUGUCCUAUGGACUACAAGACUACCCAAGACCUCUAUAGUGCUGUAAUUAUGUGCCCUAGUCCAGAGCCUGCAGGAGUGUUCAGAAGGCCUUGUGGCUGUCUUCUACAAUGCAUGCACUGGAGGCUUCCUCCCUUGGCCACUUCAGGCCUUUUACCCAGUGUAAAGGUGCCAUAGUGGGAUGAGGAUCUCAUCUAAGUCUCUAGUUAAAAAUGAAAUGAAAGUUGAAAGCUAAUUGAGUUAUGAGUCACCCCAUAGCCAACCACUGAGAUCUCAUUACCCAAAAAAUGGUUGAUAAUACUGUACUCUUCUUCGGGUAAAUAAUUCUUCAUUUUAUCUGCUUAGUGUUCUUGUAUGCAGUUGAAGAGAUGAAUAUUUCUGGUAUUUCAGAUAUUACUAUUAAGUUUCUUUAUUUGAAGAUCCGAUUGUCAUUUGUAUUUUAGUAAGAUGAUGCUACAUUUAGGUGUAAUCCUCCACAGAUCAGCAAAAUCAAAUGUAUAUUCUAACACCAAGAGUAAACAACAGACUCAGCAUCCGUUUUCUCUCAUCACUGUUCAGCAUGUAAGUCACACUGAGCCUGAAAUUCAUCAUUUGAAAGAAGUCUUUAAUUGUCAUCUUAGCCCUCCUUAUUGCUGUUUACGAAGUUCCAACUUCCUCUUUGGGCUGCUCUUGAGGGAGAGGUUGAUAACGUCUUUUAAAGAAGCCACUCUGAAAAACAAUUUCAAAAUCAAUUGGUGUGUGUCAGCAAACUCUUACUAAGUCAGAUUUAAUGAAAUAAUCUUUUAUACUGUUUAAAGUAAGUGUAAGAUGACAUGCUGGCAUAUGCGAUUAAGUAUCAGCUAGUUACUCUGUUUUGGGAGUAACAGUGAUGUUACUAUUAAAAUGACUGUCAUAUUGAUAAUAUGAACUAAUUUUUUAAAAUGUAGGCUUUUUCCCCCCAAUUGCUACAUAAUAUAUCAAAAGACAGCAUUACUAAAAAUUACUUUACAUCUAUGGGGCUAAUUCUUUCCCUUCAUUCACAAUAUGAGCAAAUGAGCUGUGAACUGUGAAAGUCCAGAGAUCAAAAUCUUCCCACCCAGGAUAUGGAAUGAUAAUGGAAUCCCAGCAUUUGUUACACUUCUGUACUCUUCCAUGGAAAGAAUGAGUAGUGGAGUCACAUUCAGAGAUGUACAAUCCUCAACUUCCCUUACUAUGGCACAAAAGGAAUGCGUGUGGCAAGCAAGGGGUACACAGAGUGAACAAUCCCUUACCCCAUCAGAUCUUUUCUGGACCUUGUAUGCCUACUAACAGUGGGAAGCAAGAUUUGCCCCCUAGUGUUCAUAUAUAAGAACUUAGAAUUUAAAAUAUUUAAUGCUGGCAAGCAACAAGACCAUCUUCACCUUUUCUGUUAGGAAUAUUGUAGACCAUUCUGUUAUGUGUCCA